AUGGCGCCAGAACUACCACCUCUGAGGGAAGCACUUCCCACUCACUUUGACCUCUUCUACGACGGGCAGUGGCACAAGCCUAAGGAUGGCUCCCGCCUAGAGACCAUCAGCCCCGGCACCGGAGAGGCCAUCACAACAAUAGCUCAGGCAAAGGUCGACGACGUCGAAACCGCGGUUCAGGCAGCCCACAACGCCUUUCUCUCCUGGAGAAACACAACAGUACAGGUCAGAGCAACCUACAUGCGCCGCGCGGCCGCGGUCCUGCACCAACACGCCGAGGAGCUGGCGCUCGUGGACGCGUACAACACGGGCAACCCCGUGGCCGAGAUGAUCAUGGAUGCACACACCGCCGGUAGCAGCCUCGAGUACUUCGCGGGGCUUGCGCCCAUGGUGCGCGGCGAGACGCUCCCGGGGACUUUCCGCCCGGACGAGUUCCUGCAUUACACCUUGCGCGAGCCCCUCGGGGUCGUGGGGCGCAUCGUCGCGUCCAACCACCCGCUCAUGUUUGCAGGUGCCAAGAUGGGAGCGCCGCUGGCUGCGGGGAACACGGUCGUCAUUAAACCUCCCGACCAGGCGCCCCUCGCGGUGCUCAGGAUGGCUGAGCUACUGGCCGACGUCUUCCCGCCCGGCGUCAUCAACAUCCUGCCGGGGGGCGCCGAGUGCGGCAGGGCACUGGCGGCACACCCGCUCGUGAAAAAGGUGACGCUCAUCGGCAGCGUACCCACCGGCAAAGCCAUCCAGCGAGACGCCGCGAACCACCUCAAGCCGACCCUUCUCGAGCUCGGAGGGAAGAACUGCCUCAUCGCCUACCCAGAUGCCGACGUCGAGAAGCUCGCUCAGGCCAUGAUGCGCGGUAUGAAUUUCACCUGGGCCGGGCAGAGCUGCGGCUCCAUGUCCCGUGUUUUCCUGCACGAGAGCCUCCACGACAAAGUCCUCCCGCGGGUCGUCGAGCUGGUCCAGGAGAAAUGCCAGCCGGGAGAUCCCACCGAUAUCAAAACCACCAUGGGGUCUAUGAUCAGCAAGGGGGCGCAGGAUCGUGUGCUGGGGUAUAUCGAGUCCGGCAAGGCCGAGGGAGCGAGGCUCGUCUGUGGAGGCGGGGCACCCACUUCUUUCAAGGAUGCACGCCUGGCGAAGGGGUUCUUCGUGGAGCCGACCAUCUUUGCUGAUGUGUUGCCUAGCAUGCGCAUCGCUCGCGAGGAGAUCUUUGGACCUGUCAUGUCCGUCUUUCGCUGGAGGGACGAAGACGACGUCUUCAAAAUCGCCAACUCGACUUCCUACGGCCUGACUGCGUCCAUCUUCACGAACGAUAUACUUACGGCCCAAAGAGCUACACGCCGAGUCGAGGCGGGUUAUGUCUGGGUCAACGAUGUUUCGAAGCACUUCUUAAACGUGCCGUUUGGAGGGCUCAAGGAAUCUGGUAUGGGCAGGGAGGAAUGCCUCGACGAAAUGCUGUCUUUCACUAACAUUAAGAGCAUAAGUUGGAAUUUGAUCGCAUGA